GUUUAUGCUUACCUUCGCGACCGGAGCAGAGCAGUGCGGCAGGACUUGCAUCUCCAACAGCCCCUGAGUGGACGCAGCCUGGAGUUCGUGGAGUGCCACGAGUACUGUCUCCGCUUCGAGAUGCUGGCACUCUUCCUCCUGUCUCACCGUCGCGAGCCUGGCAAAGGUCCGUCCCAGGGAGGCUACAGCAGACACUUGGGAUUGCAAGCGAUCUCGCAGACCAUCGACCCCUUGCUGGCUGCAUAUCAAGAGGUCCGUUGCCACCUGGGAGAUGUGGCAGAGCUUCGUAACGAACCUGCCAUUCAGAGAUUCGUGGUGCUACUUCUUUUGGCAACUUCCCCGGCCACGCUGCCUGCACAUCUUGCGGACCUAGGCAUCACGGUGUUGCAGCAUCCCUUGCUGGUUUCUGCUAUUGCUGCAUGUGCAGCUUUUCUUUCCGGUGACUACGUCGGCUUCCUCCGCUUCUACAAAGAAGCAGACUUUCUUUCUGCUGUGGCCCUGGCUGAGCUGGCUGAUCUGGCAAGGGUGCGGCAGCUAUGGAUGCUCACUCGGGCCUACCCACGGUCGAUCGGGGAUGCGGUGCAACUAUCGGCGCUGGUGAAACUACUCGCCUUCAGGGACGAGGCACAUGCUCGGACAUUCCUUGUCUUCCACGGUUUGGUCGUGGAAGACGGCCUUCAUCCUCAGGAUGAUUGCCGGGUCUUCCUGCCCAAGAAAGGCUCAGUGGAGGAGGUGGGUCAUCCUCUGCUCGGCCAGCCGACGCUGCCCGAGUUCUGCAACUUUGACGGUCCAGAUGCCUUGCUGCUGGCGAAGUUCGCUUGCCACAGUCGGUCUGACAUUGUGCUGGGCCAUGCCGACCCAACUGUGCCGCAGCUGGAGAAAGCACAAGCCUGCUUGCCGCGGAAAAACGACUCCUACAUAAGCUUACCUGAGGCUCCGAAGCCCGCAGCGUCUGAUCAUGCCCCUGCACCCCAAAAGCUUAAACCCUAA